AUGUUCAGGGCGCAAGUUCCCCAAGACUUCACAUACACUCCAUGCACCCUGUUUUGGAACCGUGUAAUUCCUAGAGAAUCCAUGGGAGACGAGUGCGUGCGAUGGUGUGUGUUAAGUAUUGGGGCUUUAAUGCUGGCACUGCGCUCCCAAAACCCUGAGCCCAUGGUAAAGCUGCUCGAGGGACGCGCGGACACCAUGUAUCAGACUGCGAUGACAUACCAUGCCAAAGCCACCAUAACGCUCCACACACGGAUGCUCAAGAAAUUUCACACCAUUUCACGUAGGAAUGUGUUGAUCAACAUGGUUUUGCUCUUUCUCUUUGAGCUUCUGAUAGGAAACACCAAAGCCGCCGAUCAGCUACUGAUGAGCAGUGUUGAGCUAUUGAAGCAGAAGCAAGACCAACUUGUUGUUGAGAUGAACUCGCAACACCAUGCACAGGAUCUUCACAAUUACGUUGCGCCUUCCAACGACGAUGGUUGGGACCAAGCUGAACGGAUUUUGCCUCGAUUUCAAAUUUUUCUCAGUCUGACUACUCCCAUUUUCCCCUUGCAGACAACGUGCUGGUCUAGGUUACCAUCACGCCCUAUCCCUGGCAAUAUGCCGGCUACUGAUACCAGUUUCGAAGAAUUCGGAGCGAUGUGGAAUAGCUUCAUCACACGGGCUGUUAUAUUUGUUGUCAAAGCCAUACAAGAACAACAAAAUGGCGACUACUCAGACGUCUUUGAGAUGCUCUCGGACCAUCGGACCACCUUCCUUCGACAGUUGCAGCAUUGGGAAGUAGCAAUUCUACUAAGACUAGAGGCAGAGAAAAAUCCCAUCAGGUCAUGUCUUUUUAACAUAUUCCAUAUGGGCCAAAAGGCUGUGUUCAUCGUUAUGAGCUGCUGUUUCGACUCGUCGGAGAUGUCAUACGAUCAGUUCAACUCUUUGUUCCGGGAAAUUAUCUCCAUGGCCUGCUCCUUUGAAGGUGCAUCGAGGCGCUUUUCGCAAAUCGAAACUGCUCUAGACAUUUAUACUCUCCCAGUAUUAAAUUUCGUGUCGCAAAAAUGCAGAGACACAGCCAUCCGCUCAGAAGCCCUAGACAGUUUUGAUAAGAUGACAUUGUUAACGCGUAACUGGGAUGUCAAGGCUAGUUCGCUGGCUAGACGUCAGCUUAUGGCUUUGGAAGAGGAGUAUCGGGACGCUUCGGGGUAUAUUCCGGCGAGCGGUCGAUAUGUGUGGACUCGUGCAUCGUGGAAUCAUAAUUAUUCGAAGCUGCACAUUGUAUUUGCCGGCGUUAUCUCUGAUGAAAACGGAAUACGAAAAGAAAGACAUCUAAACAUUUCUCGCCUAACGUUUGAAGAGCAGGGUAGAUAG